AUGGCUCCCGCCAACUUGAAGUCCUCAGACUACUACGAGGUCUUGGGCGUCCACCGCGACGCCAGCGAGUCCGAGAUCACCAAGGCCUAUCGGAAGCUGGCUUUGAAACAUCACCCAGACCGGAAUCUGGACAGGAAAGAGGAGGCUGAGGAUGAGUUUAAGCGCUUGGCCGAAGCCUACGAUGUCCUGAACGACCCUGAGAAGCGGAAGAAGUACGACCAGUUUGGCAAGGAGGGCCUGCAAGGUGGUGAUUCGGGAGCUGGUGUGUCUCCCGAGCAGGCGGAGAUGUUCUUCAAUCUCUUCGGCGGCGGCCGACCGUCGCAGGGAACCACCCGGGUGGUCUUCAGUGGCCCUGGGGGCGAAAGUAUGGACGUUGAUGGCAUCAACCUGUCAGACAUUUUCAUGUCCAUGGGUUUGGGCGGUAUGGGUAUGGGUGGUAUGAACGGCAUGGGUGGACUGGGCGGCAUGGGCGGUAUGAACGGCAUGGGUGGUAUGAGCGGUAUGGGCAGCAUGGGUGGUAUGGGCGGAUUGGGUGGCAUGGGCAGUUUUGGGGGCAUGGGUGGGAUGGGGCAAGCUCACCGGGCGUCAAGCAGAACCUAUGGCACCAUCAAGGCAGGUGAAAUGGUGAUUGUCCACAGCUUGAACAAGGCCAAGGAGCACAACGGAAAGCGUGGACACGUGGGCGGCUUCGACCCUCAGCGUUGCCGCUAUGAGAUUCGCCUAGAGGACGGCCCGGUGAUCCAUGUGCGUCCUGAGAACAUCACUCAGCAGAGCACCGUGACCAUCCAUGGGUUGAACAGCAAGCCAGAACUCAAUGGCAAGACUGCCCAGAUCGUGAGCUUUGAUCCGGCGACCAAACGCUAUGUGGUUUUGGUGAAUGCUGGCAGCGCAGCUCCAGUAAUCGUGAGCCUGCAAGGCGGCAACUGUAUCUUGAAACCUGGUACUGCCGUGAGGCUUUGUGGCCUAAGCAAGGCGCAACUCAAUGGCUCCAGAGCACAGGUUUCGGAGGUUGACUUGUCUGCUGGCCGGUACCAAGUUCAUUUGGAGAAUGGCAAGCAGAUCAAGGUGAAGUUCGAAAACGUUCUUUGUUGA